CACCGCGCUUGCUACCGGGGUAUAUAUAAAAGUUGACCGGAAAGGGAGUAACGGUGUUUGUGUGUGUGCACGCGCUUCGCCAAGCGCCGAGAAUCGUCUCUUCUGCGCGAUCCCGGGAGUCGUAUACAGCCAUCCCAACCGCCGCACGCCUCCCACCCCGUGAAUCUACCGCGCCGGUUCCGGAUUAUCUCCCGCCGGUUAAGCCAGCAUGGACGCGAAGGUGUUCGUGAUGCUCGGGACGCUUGCCUUGGCGAGCGCCGGCGUUCCUCUGCUGGGAGGUGAAAGUACACAGCACAGAGCUCAGGACGAUUAUGGAAACUACCAGUUCAGCUACGACAUCGUUGACCCACUGGGCGCCACCAACGGCCGCUGGGAGGUAGGAGAUGCGUACGGCAACAAGCGCGGCGGCUACACCAUCACCGACAUCGACGGCCGUCAGCGGCGCGUCGAGUACGUGGCCGACGCGUACGGAUUCCGCGUCAUCGUCAACACCAACGAGCCCGGCACGGCGGCCAGCACUCCGGCCUCCGCCGUCUUCAACUCGCCUUACGUGAACGUAAUACGGGGCCUGGCGCUGGCAAAGCCCGUGGUCGCCGCUGCCGCGUCGGCUGCUGUGCCCGUGGCCCACGUGCCGUAUGCGAAUCGCCUACGCAGUGUGGUGAAAGUCCCCGUGCUGCAGGCACCUGCAGUGGCCGCCGCACCCGUGGUGCUGGCCGCGCCGCCGCUGACCGGUCAGUACGCGGAAUACGCCGGGUACGCACCUUCCUUCCACGGACAGUUCGGACGGCGCAUCGGGGCGGCGCGAAACUUCUACAACUACUACAAAAAGCGCUAAAUCUCCGAACCUGCCUGUU